AACCCCCGAACCCCCCCUGGCUACGGGCCUGUAAUGGGUAAUGAUAGUGUGUUGAUGCUGGUUGCUUGUAGGUUAAUCCAAUGCUUGAUCAAUCUGGAGUUACUUCAUUGACUGGAGCUAACUUACUGUUUGAAAUGCUCUGUGUUCUUCCUGGGGUGAAGUACACCAAAUAAACUUAUGAUAGCUAUUGCUUAUAAGCCUCCUAAUGAUUAUUUUGAUUAUUUUUAUGCUGCUAAAAUUUAAUGUAGUGCAAAUUGUGUAGAUUUUUUGGAUUUUUCAUAGAAGAUUUUAACUUGUAAUUGUAGAUAGGGGUAGUAUCUACAUUUGCAUGUAGCUCCACCCAAAGCUAAACCACAACAAUAGUAUGGCCAGCAGGAUAUUUGUGUAUGGUACACUGAAGAGAGGAGAGUGGAACCAUCAUCUAAUGACUAACAAAGACAAUGGAUAUGCUGCACUUAUAAGUGAAGGAAGAUUAGUGAGACCAUAUCCCGUAGUGAUAAUGGCUGUAGAAGGAAAGAAGUAUGGCUAUUCACCAAGACUCCUACCAGAGAUGCCUCCUGAUAAACCAGAAAAUAUCGUUAAUGGAGAGCUUUAUGAAGUAGAUUCGAACAUGUUAGCUGUUUUAGAUGAACUAGAGACUCAUCCAAUACGUUACAAGCGACUGCAAACACAGUGCAUACUGACUGGUACUCCUUCAGACAAGUUUCCAGAGCUGGCAAAAGGUAGCACUGUGGACUGUGAAGUAUAUUUUUAUAAUCAAGUGAAACCGGAACAUUACUUGCUACCUUUUAUUAGCAAUUUUAAAAGUGCUGAUGUUGCUGAUUGAUUCAUUUGUAAUAUGCAGUUUUGUUUAAAAAUUA